AUGGAUUUCUCAGCGAAUGAUGACGAGGCUCUCAAGCAAUACCUACCUAGCCAGUUUGGGAAACAAGAUGAAUCGGUAAACGUCGAGGCGCAGAUUGAGCGCGCGCGCAGGAAAGUUGUGGACGAGAGCAAAGCGGGGAAGAAAGAUGAUGGGUCGGACGACGAAAAGGACUCGGACGACGGCAGCGAUAUGAGCGACGAUGAGGACGAAUACCCGGUUUCUCAUGAGGUGAUUAUCAAGACGCAUGACCGUGCGGUCACGACGAUUGCGCUUGAUACUUCGGGAACACGCCUAGUGACAGGAAGUAACGACUGUACCAUCAAGUUGCACGAUCUCAGUGCGCUUACCCCGAAUACCAUCCGUGCCUUCAAGACGGUGGAUCCAUUUGCCACAAACGCUUCACAGACAGCCGAGUCGCAUUCGAUACACCAAGUUUUGUUUGGUCCGCACUCUGGGGGCCAGUUCAUUUGCAUUACCGCGACAUCACAGGCGAGACUGUUCAACAGGGAUGGCGAGCUCAUCUCAGAAUUCGUCAAGGGUGAUAUGUAUUUGAGGGAUAAGCACAACACAAAGGGACACACAGCGGAGGUUACAAGCGCCGCAUGGCACCCAACGAAUCGCAACCGCUUCGCCACUGCAGGGUUGGACAGUACAGUGCGAAUAUGGGAUGUCAAUAAGCGAAUGAAGCAGGAGGAGGUCAUUGUACACAAAUCAAGGGCCGCUGGUAGCGCAGGCAUGACUAGGAUGACGGCUAUCGCUUGGGGUGCGGCUGCUGAUGGUGGGAGUAGUAUGCUUGUUUCUGCAGCAUUAGAUGGAAGCUUAGUCAUGUGGGGCGGUGAAGGGCCAUACCAUCGACCCACUGCUGAGAUCAAAGACGCGCAUGUAAAGGAUACAUGGACAAGCGGCUUGGACAUCAGUGCCGAUGGGAGACUAGUCAUCACAAGAGGUGGAGAUGACACCAUCAAAUUGUGGGACACAAGGAAGUUCAAAACACCUCUCAACACGACAUCACAUCCUUCGACAUCUUCUCAGUACCCAACAUCGAACAUCAAAUUUGCGCCGAACUCGCAAUGUAUAGUCACUGGAUCCGAGACUGGCCAUCUCCAUAUCCUCAACCCAGCAACACUCCGACCAGAGUUGGUUACUCCAGUUACCCCAGGUUCUCCUCUCAUUACUGUAAACUGGCAUCCCAAAAUCAACCAGAUCAUCACAGGCUCUGCCAACGGUCAAUCGACCAUUCUCUUCAACCCCAAGCUCUCUAACGCCGGUGCCCUCACAAUCCUCAGCAAAGCACCCAAGAAACGCCAUCUGGACGAUGAUCCAUCUCUCACCGUAGACAUGGAUCCACUCGGCAUGGCCGGCGAAGCCCAUGACCCUUCUAGCAACGCAGCUUCCUUUUCUGCCCGGCAUCCCACCAUUGGCCUUACCGCUUCAGGCAAAUCCAGGGAUCCCCGAAGACCGCAUAUACCUGCAGUAACGCCAUUCGCCAAGUCGACACCGGAUCAAAAGUACGUCAUGGAGCAGAUUGAGGGUAGCGAUAUGCGAGAUGAGGAUCCCAGGGAAGCGUUGCUCAAGUAUGCGCCGAAAGAGGGCGAGAAGGCUAUCUUUACAGGCGCGUGGGAGAAGACGCAGCCGGUGGGGAUUUAUAAGGAUUAUGAUAGUGAGGAGGACGAGAGAGAUAGUAAGAGGGCUAAGCGGUAG